CUCUCUCUCUCUCUCUCUGUUGUCUCCAACAUCCCUCCCUUGACCAAUCGUUGACCCUCUCAAAAUGGGCGGCAACUGCAGCUCCUCCGCCGCCGCCGGCGACUCCUCCGAUCCCCGCCCCUCCAACGGCCACGUCCAAGUCCUCCCCCCAAAUGCCGCCCCUCCCAAACCCUCUCCUCCCUCCACCGCCGCCGCUCCCAUCGGCCGCGUCCUCGGCAAGCCCAUGGAGGACGUCCGGUCCACCUACACCUUCGGCCGGGAGCUCGGCCGCGGCCAAUUCGGCGUCACCUACCUCGUGACUCACAAAGAGUCCAAGCAACAGUUCGCCUGCAAAUCCAUCGCCACACGAAAGCUGGUCAACCACGGCGACGUGGAGGACGUCCGCCGUGAGGUCCAGAUCAUGCACCACCUCACCGGCCACCGCAACAUCGUCGAGCUCAAAGGCGCCUACGAGGACCGCCACUCGAUCAACCUCGUCAUGGAGAUCUGCGCCGGCGGCGAGCUCUUCGAUAGGAUCAUCGCCAAGGGACACUACUCGGAGCGCGCGGCGGCGAAUCUUUGCCGGCAGAUGGUGACGGUGGUUCAUUACUGCCACUCCAUGGGGGUGUUCCACAGGGACUUAAAGCCUGAGAAUUUCUUGCUGUUGAGUAAGGAUGAGGACUCGCCGCUCAAGGCCACCGAUUUCGGACUCUCCGUCUUCUUCAAGCCCGGAGAUGUAUUCAAGGAUCUCGUGGGAAGUGCAUAUUAUGUUGCUCCUGAAGUGCUGCGCAGGAGAUAUGGAGCUGAGGCUGAUAUUUGGAGUGCAGGGGUGAUACUAUACAUUCUACUUAGUGGGGUUCCACCAUUCUGGGGAGAGAAUGAACAGGGUAUUUUUGAUGCUAUUCUUCGGGGUCACAUUGACUUCUCAUCUGAUCCUUGGCCUUCUAUAUCUAGCAGUGCUAAAGAUCUUGUGAAGAAAAUGCUUCGAGCUGAUCCAAAGGAACGACUAGCAGCAGUGGAUGUUUUAAAUCAUCCAUGGAUGCGAGAAGAUGGUGACGCAUCUGAUAAACCUCUUGAUAUUGCUGUUUUAUCUAGAAUGAAACAGUUCAGGGCAAUGAACAAACUCAAGAAAGUUGCAUUGAAGGUAAUUGCAGAAAAUCUUUCUGAAGAUGAAAUUAUAGGCUUGAAGGAAAUGUUUAAAUCAAUGGACACAGAUAACAGUGGAACCAUUACAUAUGAAGAGUUAAAAGCAGGCCUUCCGAAGCUGGGUACCAAGCUUUCUGAGUCUGAAGUGAGACAAUUGAUGGAAGCGGCUGAUGUGGAUGGAAAUGGAACGAUUGACUACAUUGAGUUUAUAACCGCAACUAUGCACAUGAACAGAAUGGAUAGAGAGGACCAUUUAUACACAGCCUUUGAGUAUUUCGACAAGGACAAGAGCGGGUACAUCACAAUGGAAGAAUUGGAGCAAGCACUUAAGAAGUAUAAUAUGGGCGAUGAACAAACGAUUAAGGAAAUCAUUGCAGAAGUCGACACUGACCUUGAUGGAAGGAUCAACUAUGAUGAGUUUGUUGCCAUGAUGAGGAAAGGAAAUCCUGAGUUGGUCACAAACAGAAGGAGAAAGUAAACUAAACAGAGAACUGUUUUGCUAGCUGAAGCGGAAAUUUUGAGGUGACACCUCAGAGAUGUUAUGCUCUAUACUAGUUUAAUUGCUUGGGAUUGCUAAAAGUCGUACACGUGCCGUCUGUCGGAAGAUGUGCUCACUUUCAGUUAUUUGGAGGAUGAUUCAUCUAUUCGGCCUUGUUUGGUACACGGAAAGGAAAGUGGUUCCUUUGUGGUUCCCAUGGGAAGGGAAAGAGCGGGGAAUGAAUUUCCCAAGAGCUUCCGUUCCAAUGUUUGGUAUCACAAGGAAAACCAUGAGAAAGUUAGAAGUUUAUCAACUAAAUUAAUAAAAUAUUAUGCUGUGAUAGAUGUAGGGAAAGAAUGGAAAAUCACAUUGUGGAAGGAAAAACUCCCCCCCCCCCCCCCCAGUAUUUUCCAAAACUGUUUCGUUUCCAUUGGUAUUUCCAAACGUAGGAAAGAAAGUAAGAACCCAACUUUUCUUUCCUCGAGCUUCCGUGAACCAAACGACGCCUGUAUAAAGCAGAUUUCUUCAGUAAUUAUGCCUUGCAAUAUGAGUUCUCUAACACGGCUCCAUGAAUGCAAGUACUGUAGUACGGCUUGCCCCUUUAUUGGCUGUUUCAUUACAGAAGGAGAUUUGUGGCCUUCUCUUUUUACAACAAUGCCAAUACGGCAGUAACAAUGCAAUAGA